AUGAUUAUGUAAUCAUAGGUGGUCAUUUUCUUGCCUCCCGAAAUGUGUCUUACACGGUGCUCCCCACUUCCGAAGCUGAGAAUAUUCUUUCCGACACAAAACCGCCUACUCGCUCAAUCAUUCAUCUCUCCAUACCUUAUCUCUCGCACCAAACUCGAUUAAGGUGACAAGGAUUCUGGGGAUGGGGAAGCAGCUCAAUGAUCUCUGAACGAAUUGAGCAGUAACUUUCCGCCGGCGAUGCCUCGUCCUAGAGUACAUCCCGAUAAACGUGCACGAGCGGCUAGAGCUUGCAUCCGGUGCAAAAGUUCGAAGAAGCGGUGCGAUGCAAAGCUUCCCUGUACGACCUGUGUCACGCAAGGCCGAACCAACUCAUGUCAGUAUCCACCAUCUUCAACGCUGACGUUGCCAAGCCCGCGACGGCUGAGCCAGGAGACAUCGGGGCAUACGGUAGAUCGCAUCGCCAGAAAUGUUGAAUCACUGGCUUUAAUGCAACAUCAGUCCGAGCCGCAGCCCUCAGUUGAGAAAAACAACUUCGAAUUUUCACGGCCAACUAUUCACGCGGCCUCCAUUCAAUGUCCUGAGUCAUUAGUAGACCCCCGUAUUUCUGGCGGGAACGCUAACAAUCUCACCUAUUCAUGUUCCAGUACUCGUGAAUCUUCACCUUGUCAACGCUCUACGAUGUUACAGAGCUCUCAAGGCGAGCAAGGUCGGUGGUGAUUCUUUUCUCUUAGACUUUCUUUGAUGCAAGGAUUACCCGUGGGUGUAAGGACUCAUAGAAUGGGAUCAGACUUCAUUGUAUUGUUACUCUUGUAGUAUCUCUUUGCUCCCUCCAGGAUCUAACUACAUCAUUCAAUGGGUUUUGAAAGCUCAGAAUCGUUUCAUGAACCCAUACACCCGACGAUGGAUGGACUGCACCAUGUCCCUUUAGAUUCCAAAAGUGUGUAAAAUUGACAAAUUUGAUAGUCUAUAUUGGCAAUAUUGCUGCUAUUUCAUUCCUACACUUUCUCCAAACUACGCUUAAGCGAUAUAUCGGAACUUCCGUUUUCACUGAACGCCAGGAAAGUAAUGUGAUGUUGGAAGUGGAGAUAUCCAGGAACAACAGCCCUUUUGAAGAUGAUUUAGAUGUUGCAGAAAAGCAAGAUUUAAUUGCUUGCUUUCUGAGAGUGGUAUGAAUCUAUUUUUACACGUUCUCUCGCCUAGCUAGGGAGCAGUAUUAACAUAUUGUUCAGUCGAAUGGUAUUCUUCAUCUUUUCUCACGAGAUGACACAUCGAGAUUGUUAAAUAUCAAACUCAAUGCUACCACUUCAUUUUCAAGCUCCCGUUCCGAGCGGGAAGACCUCGCGUGCCUUUUUCUGAUGAUAGCAAUAGGAGCUCAAUCUCGAGGCAAAGAUUUGUUCGAGAUUCAACUUGCGAAAAAGUAUUUUGCGCAAGCUCAGCAAAUGGCAUUUCUCGAUAUGCUGGAGAAUCCUUCUCUAUCCAUGGUUAAGAUGUUUUUAUUGAUGGCCAUGUAUAUGCUUGGAGCUUGUCGCAGGAAUACGGCUUUCAUGUAUAUUGGUAUUGCCUCAAAAUCCGCAACCAUUCUUGGGCUACACGUUCCAUAUCAGAAUUCUCGAGUAUCCUCCGAAGAGCGUGCUGCCAGGUAGGUGUUUAUAGCCAUAAUCACCCGGCGCUUAACCACGUGAUUUCCUUGUACUAAUUGUAGUGACAGGCGCCGUAUAUGGAUGAGCGCACGCGUUCUUGAUCUUUUAUGCAGCUCCAUUCUUGCGCGUCCCAGUAGUAUACCUUCAAUAGAAAGAGACGAGUAUGAAAUAGAUAGCUCAAACCGUGAAGAUAUGGACCAUCGGACACUGGCUCUUCAUGCAACCUACGAAUCUUCUUCUAUCAUCGAAACUAUCGUACAAAAGUUCACUAAGGUCAGCAGCGUGAACACCGAAUCGGCCGAUACUUUUCUGCAAAUGCUACGAGACUGGAGUCAAGCUCUACCUUCCGCACUUCGCCGCGUUCCGGACGCCACGUCUGGGGAGGAAUAUUGUGAGACUACAAUCGGCAAUAUCCAUGUUUCUUGCACGUAUUAUGUAGGCAUUAUGAUGGUAACGCGACAAUUCUUAAUUUCACAUGUCAUGUCUCAACUACGGAAGAAUAGCUCUAGCAAGUCUAAGAGAGCUGUCGAAGUACAGGAGAAGACUCUUGGCGAAAGAGAGAAAAUAUUUCAAUUUUCAGAUGCUUGCAUACAAGCUGCUCAUCUAUUGGUACAACUAUCUUACGAAGCGCAUCUUAUCAAUGUUCUUUUUGACAAUAUGUGUAUCCUUCAAGCAUGGCUUUUCUCCGCAGGACUCGUCCUUGGCUUCUCCCUCCUCGUAGGAGGCGAAUGCCCUGCUCAUAUUCGCGAAUCUUUUGAUCAUGCUUGCACUGUGCUCAAGAGGAUCGCACGAUUAAGUCCGCAAGCAGAUCAAUAUUUCGAUAUACUUUCUCGAUUUCAUACCGCGAUCGAAUUGUAUCGGCAACAAAUGCUAAAGGCACAAAAGGAGAGCAGUAACGUAUACGUCGAGAAGCUUAUGAGUAUCGGGUCAUUCAACAAGGAAUCCAGUGGGGGAUGCUCUAAUACUGAGUUCCAGUCGCAAUCGCAGCCUAUAGUCACGGACGACCAGGAAAUGCUAGGGGGAAUCGAAGCACAGGGAGAUUUGGCGGAAAUGUAUGCGACUGAUUUCUUUGGGAUUGAAAAUGAAAUCCAGAUAUGCGAUGCUCAGAUUGGGUAUGAUGCAGGAGUUGCGGCUGAUCUGAGGUGGCUGUGCUAUGCUGCUGGCCCUUCCUAGCCUCGGAUUCUAUGGUUUCCGACUGUGAUACGGCAUCGGCUGUCCAAACCUUUCUCCAAGAUUAUUUGUGAGGAAGAGCCUGAUUCUGGCAGGCUUCGGCAAGGCCACUUCUAAGGCUCAGAUCUGUAACGAUGAAGUGAACAGCCGGGAGUUGCGGAAGGUGUCAGUUCGUGAAGUGGGAGAAGGAAACCAGCAUGGAAACCACAUGGAUAUUGAGCCUUUAUAUUGAGGCCGACCAGGCGUUAUGCGUUUGAGAGUAUAGGAGCGAAGAAGAAGGUAUAGAGGCGCACUAGAGUACACCGGAGUGCCAAUCAAGAUUGUAUUCUUGCCAUUCGUUUUCUAUUGGUUUUUUGGGCUAUGGUAAAAUGGCCAUUCAAGUAUAUUUCGGUUUCUAGCUCCAAGGAAGUUUGUUCGUAGAUCUGGAUUUUUAAAAUCAGGCUUCAUCCUGGCAAGUGUACAAGUAGGAUACGUAGUUUAUCUCAAUGUGUUCAGUAUUCUGGACGUAGCACGAUUUAAACUUAUCAAACAUUGAACAUUUAAAAAAAAUUUAGUCAUUUUGUUAAAGACAUUAAAUGGUUAUAAAUCAAUCA